GUGAAAAAUCCGAAUUGGACGUAGCCAGCAGCAGCAUGGAUCGGGAGGCGCAUGUGCUCUUCUUCCUCCGGCACCUGCGCAAGCUGCCAGAGCCGUACGCGGGCCAGGACCACCACCGCGUCGUGCUCCUCUUCUUCUGCAUACAUGGCCUCGCGAUCCUCGGCGAGCUCGACCGCGUCGACAAGAAGGAGCUCAUCGACUGGGUCUACUCGCUGCAGGUUCACCCCGAUCGCCGCGACCGCAGCAUCAACGUGUCCGACUGCGGCUUUCGCGGCUCGCCGUGGAUGGGCAAUGUGUUUGGCCAACGGCCCAAGGACUACGAGAGCAGCACGUACGACGUGGCCCACAUCGCCUCGACGUAUGCGUCGAUAGCGAUUCUCCGGACGCUUGGCGACAACUUGAGCCGCGUCAACAAGCAAGCCGUCAUCGCGUCCCUUCGCCAUCUGCAAAACCCAGCGACGGGCGGGUUCUCGGCGAGCUCCCUCGGCACCGAGGAAGAUCUGCGCUUUGUCUUUUGCGCCUGCGCCAUCUCGCACAUGCUCAACGACUGGUCGGGCGUCGACCGCGACGGCGUCGUGCGCUACGUCAAUGCGUGUGCGACGUACGAGGGCGGCCUUGGCAUGAACCCGGGCCUUGAAGCGCAGGGCGGCGUGACCUAUUGUGGCAUGGCGUCACUAGCGCUCUGCGGCCGUCUCGCGCAGGUGGACUUUUCGAUGCAGAAGCUACUCCGCUGGCUCGUCUCUCGGCAGCAAGAGGGCUUCCAGGGCCGUACCAACAAGACGCCGGAUAGUUGCUACGCGUUCUGGGACGGCGCGACGCUGCAGAUGCUCGGGUUCCACAACCUCGUGGACAUUCCCAGCGUCCGCAAGUUUGUGCUCUCGUGCCAGUUUCCGCACGGCGGCGGGAUUGCCAAGUUUCCAGACACGUAUCCCGACGUCAUGCACGCCUACUACAGCCUCGCGUGGCUCAGCAUCGCGGGCGAGCAUGGCUUGUUGCCGCUUGAGACAAAGCUGCAGGUGCCAUUGCCCAAGAAGCCGUCGCAUCAUUAG